CAUAAUCUCCCUUAGGAAUUCUCUUGAUGAAAUAUUUCACCCAAUAAAUAUAAUACCAGCAACAACAACAAUAGCUGCUGAAAAUUUUACAAAAAGGAAAUUAUAAUUCAAACCACAAAAAUCUCACCAAAAAAAAAUCCGGCAGACAAGAAAAACCCAGCUGCAAGGAUUUACCUUCACAACAACUCUACAACACACAGUGCGAAACGUCAACACUUGCUCUAUCAAUUCAUUGCUUUAUUCAAUCCUCCAUCAUCAUCAUUAACCAACAACAAAUAUUGUCGUCUACAUAACAAGAGUAUAAGGCAAUAUUCUCUUCCCCUUUAAUACUCUUCUUCUUCAUACUCAUACAAAUAAAGCAUCUCAAUCAAACGUAAUAAUUUUGUAACGCAAUGCAAUCGACUGAUACUGGUGGUGAAUUGAGACAACAGCAUAACACAUCAUCAUCAACGCUGACGACGACGAAUACCGCCAAGACGGGUAUCAACGAAACAACAACAACAUCCUUCACCACUACCAAUACACCGAACUCAACAGCACUCAACAACGAUACACCUAGUAAGAAUCCCUUCAAACAGCAACUAAGUCAACGACAGCAACAGCAGCAACCACAUAAUCAAAAUGGCCACUCGGAUGCGGCCCACAAUGCCGAACGCGGCUCAAACUUUUCCGGCAUAUUGGGAGUGGGGUCGGCCACAACACCACCGCCCUCAAACAAAAUGACCUCGUCCUCGGGUAAUGGCAGCGGCUCGGCUGGAUCGGUUGGUGGCAGUGGACCACCUAUACCACCGCCAGAUCAUAGCCGUCAAGAAGAUUAUAGAGCUGCCGGGUCCUGGGCCGCCUUUAAGAACUGGAUGAUCGGAUGGCGUGGAUCCAGACGUUUGGUGUUGGUAAUAGUGGCCAUUGCUUUGCUUUUGGAUAAUAUGUUGUUGACUACAGUCGUUCCUAUUAUACCUGAGUUCCUUUAUGAUAUACGACAUCCAGAUGCACCCUUGGAUAGUUUUCCACGUACCCCUUUAACCUUACACACACCGCCUCCACCCACCCAAUGUCCCUGCCUUAAGGAUGGUGAAGCCAUACCCACUAUGGAAGUUUCCACAAUUAGUUCAGAGGAAAAUGAAACAUUUUAUCGUGAAAUGGAGGAGCGUCAUCAGGAAUUGGUGGGAGAAACUGUGGAAGUUGGUCUACUGUUUGCCUCCAAGGCAUUUGUGCAACUAUUGGUUAAUCCAAUUGUCGGGCCAUUAACACACAGAAUUGGUUACAGUAUUCCCAUGUUUGCCGGUUUCGUUAUUAUGUUUGUAUCGACGAUAAUUUUUGCUUUUGGCCGCUCUUAUUUGGUGCUCUUUAUUGCUCGUGCCUUACAAGGCAUUGGCUCUUCGUGCAGUUCUGUGUCGGGCAUGGGCAUGUUAGCCGAUCGCUAUACCGAUGACAAAGAACGUGGCAAUGCUAUGGGCAUAGCCUUGGGUGGUUUGGCGUUGGGUGUUUUAAUCGGUCCGCCAUUUGGUGGUAUAAUGUAUGAGUUUGUAGGCAAAUCGGCACCAUUUUUAGUACUUUCCGUAUUGGCUCUCGGCGAUGGUCUAUUGCAAUUGUUUAUGCUGCAGCCUUCCAUACAGAAAGCAGAGACAGAACCGCCCACUUUAAAGGCCUUGAUAUCGGAUCCUUAUAUAUUGAUAGCAGCUGGUUCUAUAACUUUUGCCAAUAUGGGUAUUGCUAUGCUGGAACCUUCAUUACCCUUGUGGAUGGUGGACAACAUGGGCUCUAGCCGUUGGGAACAGGGUGUAGCUUUUCUGCCUGCCUCUAUCAGUUAUUUAGUGGGCACCAAUCUGUUUGGUCCUUUGGGCCAUAAGAUAGGCAGAUGGUUUGCAGCCUGUUUAGGUUUAGUAAUAAUAGGAGGUUGUUUGAUAAUGAUUCCCAUGGCCACUUCCAUUACCCAUUUGAUUAUACCCAAUGCCGGCCUUGGUUUUGCCAUCGGCAUGGUUGAUUCUUCCAUGAUGCCCGAGUUAGGUUAUUUGGUGGACAUACGUCAUUCCGCAGUUUACGGCAGUGUUUAUGCUUUGGGAGAUGUGGCUUUCUGUAUGGGCUUCGCUAUUGGCCCAGCCUUGAGUGGUACUUUGGUAAAAACCAUCGGUUUUGAAUGGAUGUUAUUCGGUAUUGCUAUAUUGUGUUUCCUGUAUGCACCCCUCUUGACACUGCUUAAAAAUCCGCCCACUCGGGAAGAAAAGAAGGUGGGUAGUGUAGAUGAUGUAACGUCGGUACAAGCAACCAGUCCUGCCAUUUUACAAGAUGGCCUUGUAAAUACUGCUUAUGAAAGUGAAAGGCUUUGAGAAUUUUAUUUUUUACAUAUUUUUUUUUCUUGAUUUUCUUUUAGUUGUUAAUGUAAAUUUAAAAGUAGAUUUCUGUAGUUUUAUUAAGCUUGUGUAAUUUUUCUUUUUUUGUAAUUUAAAUUUUUGUAUUAUUUGUAAAAUAUUAUCGAGAUUUGUUCAAUAUUUUGAAAGUUAUGGUUUAAAAUUGAUUUAUUGUAAACAAAUGCUUUUAAUUAUUGUUUAAAAUUUCUUGCUUUUAUUAUAGAAAUAUUUUAUUUAUAAUUUUUUUCUUCUUAAUUUUAAUUUGAGAAUUUUAAUUUUAAGUUUUCAUUAUUUUAUUUAAUUUUCUUUUUUUAAUAUUAAUUUUUAUGUAAUUUUUAUUUUUAUUAAUAAAAUACUUUUAAAAAAGUGCCUGUUUAUAAAAAACAAA